AUGGCCUCUUCCUCUCAUGAUCCAGAAGCAGUUAACGAGAAGUCUGCAGCAACUAGUUCCUCUCCUACUGUUGAAGACUAUGACAUAUCCAAUGAGUCCACCACCCCUCCUUCUUCGAUGUUCCAGAAGAUCAACAACCGCAUUGAAAACCUCGCUGGACUAGAAGCCAGGGGUAUUCAGCGUGUUUUACCUGAAGAGCGACAACCUGCUUCAAGUGCUGCAGACCUUCAAGUCGCUCUACUAUGGUUCAGUGCGAAUUUGUCACUGAACAACCUCGCCACGGGCCUCUUUGGCCCGAUGGUCUUUGGGUUGGGUUUCCUUGACAGCGCGCUCCUUGCAGUGUUUGGAACGAUAUUAGGUGCUUGUUCAACGGGAUACAUGGCGAUAUGGGGCCCGCAGAGUGGGAAUCGAACGAUGGUCGUGUUGCGUUACUUCUUUGGUUACUGGCCUUCAAAGAUUCCAACAUUCCUUAACAUCGUUUUAAUGGUUGGAUACGCUACUAUAGACUGCAUCAUUGGUGGACAGGUUCUAUCCGCUGUCAGUGGUGGUACCAUGUCCAUAUUGGUGGGUGUAGUUAUCGUCGCCGUCGUUUCAUGGGUUGUCGCCGUAUUUGGCAUGAAGAUCUUCCACACCUACGAACGGUAUGCUUGGAUCGCACAAGUCGUUGUACUUGCGGUGCUCAUAGGCGUUGCAGGGCCCUCAUUCGACGCUUCUGCUCAACCUACUGUCUCUGGCCCAGUUCUUGCUGCCAGUCGCCUGUCGUUCUUCACACUGUGCCUUUAUGUGCCGAACUCAUGGGCUGCUGCUGCAUCAGACUUUUAUGUCUACUACCCGGAGCGCACAUCUAAAGUCAAGGUCUUUCUACUUACUGUCAUCGGAUUGACCAUGUCGUUCACGCUUGUCUAUCUCAUUGCUAUCGGGUUAGCCACUGGACUCGUCAACAACAAAGACUGGGCGGACGCCAACGCUAUCAGUACUGGUGCUCUCAUAGUCAAGGCUUAUGAUCCUCUCCAUGGCUUUGGCAAGUUCUGUUCUGUUGUGGUCGCCCUGGGUGUUAUCGCCAACAGCACACCAUCUCUCUAUUCAGGCUCACUCGGCUGCCAAGUCCUUGGACGUUACACCAAAGCGGUACCCCGUUGGGUUUGGUCCAGCGUCUUGUCUCUGAUCACCCUUGUUCUAGCAAUGGCCGGUCGAGAAAGUCUUCUUGUCAUCUUUCAGAACUUUGUUGCUCUUAUGGGAUAUUGGGUCAUGCUCUUCAUUUGUAUCGUAUUGCAGGAGCAUUUGAUCUUCCGUGGCCGUCGAGGAUUUGACUGGACUGCAUGGGAGGAUAAGAACUAUCUACCUGUUGGAUUAGCUGCUUUUGCAAGCUUCGUCUUGGGCUGGGUAGGUGCCAUUCUAGGCAUGUCUCAGGUCUGGUACAUUGGACCUGUGUCAAAAGCGGCGCAUAAUGCUGAUCUGGGCAUGUGGUUGGGCUGCUCAUUUGCUAUUCUCACGUUCCCAGUGUUCCGGUAUUUUGAGCUCAAGGCAUAUGGAAGAUAG